AUGGCGAGCCGUUCCUACUGCAUCAGCUCCGGCCAUGGGGUCAGGAACUUCAGCUCUUGCUCGGCCGUCAUACCCAAGCCUGAGGCUCACAGCUUUGCUGGUGGCCUGGCCUUCUGCAGGGGCAGUCCAGGUGGCCCUGGCUACAGGCGUCUCGGGGGCUUCGGCAGCCGGAGCCUGUGUGCACUGGGGUCCCCACGGAUUGCAGCGAGUUGUGCAUGGCCUCUCUGCAGCGGGGGCAGUUUUGGCUACCGGGCAGGGGGCCUUGGUGGCCCCAGCCCGCCCUGCAUCACCACUGUGUCCAUCAUUGAGGGCCUCCUCACACCCCUCAACCUGGAGAUCGACCCCAAUGCGCAGUGUGUGAAGCAGGAGGAGAAGGAGCAGAUCAAGUGUCUCAACAACAGGUUCGCUGCCUUCAUCGACGAGGUGCGCUUCCUUGAGCAGCAGAAUAAGCUGCUGGAGACCAAGUGGCAGUUCUACCAGAACUGAAAGUGCUGCAAGAGCAACCUGGAGCCGCUGUUCAAUGGCUACAUUGAGACACUGAGGCGGGAGGCCGAGUGCGUGGAGGCUGACAGCGGGAGGCUGGCCUCCGAGCUCAAGCACGUGCAGGAGGUGCUGGAGGGCUACAAGAAGAAGUAUGAAGAAGAGGUGGCUCUCAAGGCCGCAGCUGAGAAUGAGUUUGUGGUGCUGAAGAAGGACAUUGACUGCACCUACCUGCGCAAGGCUGACCUGGAGGCCAACGUGGAGGCGCUGACGGAGGAGAUGGGCUUCCUGCGGUCCCUCCAUGAUGGGGAAAUCUACCUCCUUCAGUCCCAAAUCUCUGACACGUCGGUGGUGGUCAAGACGGACAAUAGCCGGGAGCUCAGCAGGGAUUCGGUCGUGGCCGACAUCAAGGCUCAGUAUGACAAUGUCGCCAGCCGCAGCUGGGCUGAGGCCAAGUCCUGGUACCAAACCAAGUGCGAGCAGUUCAAGGCCACGGUGACACAGCAGGGUGAGACCCUCCGCAGGACCAAGGAGGACAUCAAGGAGCUGACCCGUGUGCUCCAGAGGCUGACGGCCGCGGUGGAGAACGCCAAGCAGCAGCGCUGCAAGUUGGAGGCCACGGUGGCAGAGGCAGAGCAGCAGGGCAAGGCCGCCCUCAAUGAUGCCCACUGCAAGCUGGCGGACCUGGAGGCCGCCCUGCAGAAGGCCAAGCAGGACAUGGCCUGCCUGCUCAAGGAGUACCAGGAGGUGCUGAACUCCAAGCUGGGCCUGGAUGUGGAGAUCGCCACUUACUGCAAACUCCUGGAGGGCGAAGAGACUAGGUUGUGUGAAGGCGUGGGCUCGAUCAACAUCUGUGUGAGCCGCUCCCAGGGUGGCGUGGUCUGCGGGGGUCCCGGUUCCACGGUCCCUCAUGGCCUGGGCAGCAUGGCCAUCAGCAGUGGUGCCCUCUGCUCCUCCUCUGUAGUGGGGGCCUGUUCCAGUGCAAGAUCUGUGCAGUUUGCAUAG